GGUUGUGUAUGAGUGAGGGAAUGGGUAGAGAUCGUCUGUUUUUGGCUAAAGUAGCCCCACCGAUAAAAGCAAGAGCUGGGUUAAGGAGAAAACAGGCAGGAAGAGGAUCUUACAGAGGAAGCUAGGUAAGGUGAAAUUAGGGUU